AUGUCAUCCUUUGUUCGAUUACCACGCAAUUUAUCAAUGGCUGAAAAUAAUUCUGAAGAUAAUAUUGAAGAUGAAGGAGCUCGUCAUCGUCGUGAACGUCGGGAAUUACAAGCAACAAUUCAACAACUAAAAAAAUCUGUUAAUAAAAAUGAUAAAACAAGAAAGAAAAAGAUCGAUAGCGAUAUUAAAGCUUUAGAAGAAGCAUUUGAAAAACGAUGGGAAAAUUUUGAUGAAAAUUCAACUCCAGAGAAAUCGAGCGUAGCUCCUACUUCUACUCAAUCAGAUGAAAAGUCUACUGAAACUGAAAAACAAAACGUAUCACGUAAAGCACGUCGUUUGGCAAAUAAAGAAAAACGUCAAGCUGAACUUAAUGAAAAUCAAGAAAUUGUAGAUUAUGAUAAUCAACCAGAAUCCAUUCGUCGUCGUAAUGAAUCAUCAUCAAUAAAUGAACAAUUACUUCAACGUGGUCUUGAACUUCAACCUAUUGUAUCUGAUGGAAAUUGUCUAUUUGCUUCCAUUGUUGAUCAAACAUCAGAUUUAAAUGUACGACAAUUACGUGAAUUGAUUGCUGAAUAUUUACGUAAACAUCGAAGUGACUAUGAACCAUUUAUUGAUACGGAUUAUGAUGCGUAUUGUGAGAAAUUAGCAAAAGAAAAUGUAUGGGGUGGACAAAUUGAAUUACAAGUAUGCGCAAAAAUAUUACAAAAACCCAUUGAAAUCAUUCAAGGAACUGGUGGCGAACCGAUUAAAAUUGAUUGUCCAUCAUCAAUAUUAGAAUCACCUAUUGUUAUAACCUAUCAUCGAUAUUUAUAUGCUAAUGGAGAACAUUAUAACAGUACAAUAAAAGUUCACGAGAAGGACGAUGAAUAA